AUGCGGUCCAGCAUCGCUUGCGCUCGAUGCCGGCGCAGUAAAAUCAAAUGUGUCAAUGCCGGAAUUGACACCACCUGUCGCGCGUGCGAGUCAUCCGGCCGUGAAUGUGUCUACCCAACCCCAGCAAUCGGAGUGAGCGGCGCCAAACGAGAUCUGGCAGCUCUGGCAGAAGGCGAGGAUCGGAAUGGCGACUGGGACGGACCGAAACGACAUCGAUCGCGUAAAGUGUCGGGGAUCCCCGGCUCAGCGGCUGGCUCGAAGCUUGGCGUGGAUGUGUUGGAUUCCUCGAUACUCACGACGAAAGUUUGGGAGGCCGUCUUUGACCUCUUCCAAUCGCAUUUCGCGACCCUACUACCCUUCCUACAUCCCGCGACAUUCCUCGGCCAAAUUCGACAGCUCUCGUCUCCCCCCGCACCACCCGCGACUCACGAUGGACAGGAUCCUCGAAACCAUAUCCACAAGACAGACCCGUCCUCUUCCUUGAUACCCUUGGGCGUACUGGCGCUGACGGCUCGGUUCCACCCUCCGUUGGCUGCGGCCCACUCGCCAGCGUCUCCAAGUCACUCUUCGAAUCCUCUCGCCGCGUCGGAGUAUUAUGCGGCAGCCCUCCGCAGCCGGCUGGCCGGUUUGGAUGGCGCAAGUCUCGCGCAGCCGGAUCUUGCGCGCGUACAGGCGCUGUUGAUGCUGGCAUUGCAUGAAUGGGGGAUGUGCCGAGGAAAGAGCGCUUGGGUGUAUGUCGGAAUGGCAAUCCGGCUCGCGCAGGCGAUGGGCCUGCCAUUUGAACUCGAAAAUGAGCUUCCAGCACGGGAUCCUUCGCGCUCAUCCCCUGGUUUGAAGACAGAGGCCGAUCAUUUCGGCGUGCCCCGUCGUGUAGAGCCCCGUGAGCCAACUUCUGAUGAUGUAAUUGCGCAAGAGACCAAGCGCCGGACAUUCUGGGCUUGCUUCAUUCUUGAUCGAUGCUUUAGCAGUGGAAAAUACCGCCCCCGGAUGAUCCAGGUCAAGGAACUCGGUAUCCAGCUCCCCAGCGACAACGCUUUCGCUUUCGGCGAGCGGGUACGAACGGCGCGACUCAGUGAGCCAACCGUUCGGCGCCCACAGAGCUUUGGCUCCCAAGGCAUGCAAAUCCCGGGCAUUCGUCAAAGCAUUGGCGGGUUUGGUGAUGAAAAACCCACAACCUCGAACGGCGCAGAUGGGAUGUCUUGGUCGCCUGUCUCGCGUCGCAAGGACUCGAGUGAGGAUGAUAUUGAUCGAUGGGAGGUUGGUGCGGAGGAGUCGGUGCUCAGCCGAGUCAUCCGUAUCAUUCGUAUUUGGGGGAGCAUCGCUCAAUGGUCUUGUGCCGGAGGACGACGCACCGAGCAAUAUCCCCCCUGGCAUCCCGAAUCUCGUUUUGCCUCGCUUCGCUUGCGGCUGAACGAGUUCCAGGAUAGUCUUUCCCGCAACUUGCAAUACUCCCUACGAAACACCGACACGCAUAUCAUGUACAAGACCACGUUGGCUUCAUAUACUGUGAUGCACGUUGUCUACUUCCUAUCGGUGAUUGUUCUGCACCGAGCCUACAUUCCAUUCCUGCCUCUCCGCUGCAAUGAGCCUAUCGGUCCCUUGGACGAGCCAUUGUUCCCUACUGACAAGGCUAAUGGCCCCCCGGAGGGUUUCUGGCGGGAUAGUGCUCGUGAGCUCUUCAAGGCCGCGCGCCAGAUGAUCGACCUUGUGGUUACCUGUCAAGCCCGUGGUGCUCUCGUUGAGAACCCUUUGGUUGGAUUUGCCAUCUACAACGCCGCCUUCAUCAGUAUUUACGGAACGCAUUUCUCACACAUGGAUCCGGAUGGACUGUUGGGAACCAAGCCACCUCCUGCGAGCCAUGAUAGCCAUCAGCUGGGUACCGCGCAGGCACGCAAAGCUCUAGAUAUUAUGCGCGAGAUGCGACCCCGUCUCAGAAUGGCUGUGGGCUGGUUCCGCACCCUGAACCGUCUUCACAGCUAUUUCACCAAAGUGAAGCGUGAUUACCGUCGACUUUCACGGAAUCGCUUGGAUAGCAUGUCAGAUGCCUCUGACCAUGCUUCUUCUAACGGUAUUCGCUCUUUCCGCGAAGGCGCUGUCGGCGGUGGUCUGGAGGAAUUCAAGGUGCUUGAGAAGCUAUUCCUCGAUUUCGGAAGUAUCGAGGAUCAAUUGGCGGAGCCAGGAAUGGACGAGGAUAGCAUCGCAGUACCAGGAGCGAGCGAGUCCAUGUACGAGCGCACGAACCUUAGCGACGCCGGAAGCAAUGCCGUCCGGAGCGAAACCGGUGAUCCCGGUGACCAGAUGCUCGACGGCGCCAGUGGUCGCCGUGAGUCGUGGGUGCCCGUCAACAGCUCAGGUCUGCCACUCCCCGGACACGAAGGCGAUCGCCGUCCCAGCCUGCCACUUCCCAACAGCCGCCCAAUGCCGUCAGGAUCGCCUUACUCUCUACCAUCUCUCCAGCAACAUCAUCCAGACGGUCCCAUCUACACCACCUCAUCACCCAGCGGACUCCCCUCCCUAUCUGCAACCACGCAGUCCCCAUCCCAGUACCUCACGGCAACAAGCAAUCGCCUCAACCCGAUCAACACCUGGCACCAGGCCCGCCCGCAGGCUCCUCAUCCCCCUCCAUACUCCCAAUCCCUGCCUCCCAUCAACGCGGCUACCUCCCACAAUAUCCCAGUCCUCCCCCCACCGGGCCUCAGCGGAGACGACGUGAUUUCUUUCCUAGAUGGAUGCGAAUGGACCCAGCUAUCCAUGCUCGCGCCUUCGGAGAUCGGCAUUCCUGCUGGCUGGCUGAGCACCGUCUGGUCUCAAUUCGGCCGAUAG